AUGGCUCUGCAUUCAGGAUUUACGAGAUCUAUCACCAAGAUCUCUGCAAGGCAGCGCUGGACGCCAACGCCGAUGCAGCUUCAGAUUCUGGAGAGCAUCUUCUACCAAGGGAGCGACACUCCGAACAAACAAGGGAUAAAGGACAUUACCGCCAAGCUCGCCGAGCACUGCCAGAUUUCUGAGACAAACGUCUACAACUGGUUCCAGAAUCGAAGGGCUCGGUCCAAGAGAAAGCAGGCAAAUCCAACACAAAACACUGCUGAAUUAGAAGAGGCCGAGUCCCUCAAUGCCAAGAGAGCCAGGACUGAGAAGCUGGUUCCACAGAGCAGUAAUCUACCCCCCAUAAGUGAUGAUCACCAGUUUUAG